UUUUCAUUCGCUCAGAAAAUUUCAACAGUGAACAUCUUGUGCAGAACACAGACCAAAUAUUCCAAAAAUGUCUUUCGUUGGCAAGAAGUACAAGCUGGACAAGUCCGAGAACUUCGAUGAGUACAUGAAGGAGCUGGGCGUCGGUCUGGUGACGCGCAAGAUGGGCAACAGCCUGAGCCCCACAGUGGAGGUGACCUUGGAGGGCGAUACCUACACCCUGACUACCACCUCCACCUUCAAGACCUCUGCCAUCAGCUUCAAGCUGGGCGUUGAGUUCGACGAGGAGACCCUGGACGGUCGCAACGUCAAGAGCAUCAUCACCCUGGAUGGCAACAAGCUGACGCAGGAGCAGAAGGGCGACAAGCCCACCACCAUCGUCCGCGAGUUCACCGACAACGAGCUGAUCACCCUAAUUCCCCACCUAACACCCAGUCAGCAUGGAUCGCUCCGCCUUCGCGUCCCUUGUCAGCCCGUACCGCCGACGUCCGUGGAUGACGGAGCACGGAGCGGCGGCUGCGGACAGCGGCCAGGUGGGCCUUAAGGGCAUCGUCGCCGGCGGUAUUACGGGCGGCAUCGAGAUCUGCAUCACCUAUCCCACCGAGUAUGUGAAGACACAACUGCAGCUGGACGAGAAGGGAGCGGCGAAGAAGUACAACGGCAUCUUUGAUUGCGUUAAGAAGACGGUGGGAGAACGUGGAUUCCUGGGUCUCUACCGAGGUCUCAGUGUGCUCGUCUACGGCAGCAUUCCUAAGUCAGCGGCGAGAUUCGGUGCUUUUGAAUUCCUGAAAUCGAACGCCGUGGACUCCCGAGGACAACUGAGCAACUCCGGAAAGUUGCUUUGCGGCUUAGGAGCUGGCGUAUGUGAGGCCAUCGUGGCAGUGACCCCGAUGGAGACCAUCAAGGUGAAGUUCAUCAACGAUCAGCGCAGCGGCAAUCCCAAGUUCAGGGGAUUCGCCCACGGCGUUGGCCAAAUCAUCAAGUCGGAGGGCAUCUCUGGUAUCUACAAGGGCCUAACGCCCACCAUUCUGAAACAGGGCUCCAACCAGGCCAUUCGCUUCUUCGUACUGGAGUCCCUUAAGGAUUUGUACAAGGGUGACGAUCACACGAAGCCAGUGCCCAAGUUGGUGGUUGGAGUGUUUGGAGCUAUCGCCGGAGCAGCCUCUGUGUUCGGUAAUACGCCGCUGGAUGUGGUCAAGACGAGGAUGCAGGGUCUGGAAGCAUCGAAAUACAAGAACACUGCCCACUGUGCGGUGGAGAUCUUGAAGAACGAAGGUCCCGCCGCCUUCUACAAGGGCACCGUGCCAAGAUUAGGUCGUGUGUGCCUGGAUGUGGCCAUCACCUUUAUGAUCUACGACUCCUUCAUGGAUCUGUUCAACAAGGUGUGGGUGUAACUCGGCGAUUCGGCUUGGCGACUUAGUUACUUAGUUCAUCCUUCUACCCCAAAAAACCCACUCGUGCAUUUUCCUCUGUUCCCAUUGUUCCCUAGUCGACUGUUGCAAUAGUUUCUAGUUUUGUGACAUAUUCCAAGAAAGCAUUUUAUAUACACUCUAUACCCGCAAUGGGUAAGUGGCUAUAGAAAUUAUACAGCUUGUUUUAAAAAUUGAAUUAAAUCUGAAGAGUCUAUUUGAAGUUCCCAUAUAAAUCAUAGCUAGACUGGAUG